AUGCGUCUCUCCAAUAUACUUCCAGCGGCAGUGGUGGCAGCAUUAACCUUGCCAGCAAUGAUCAUGGCAAACCCCUCCCCGGCCGCCAGUAUCAUCGACGCUCGAGAGCUGCCCGACAUCGAGCUCCGCUCACUCCACGAGCUUUUCGAACGUCAAGCAGUAAACACAACAGGAUUGAUCGGCCUCUUGACUUCCCUCACUCAAUCACUAGCCGGAAUCGAACAACUGCUCUCUCCAACUGGCAUAUCAAGCAUCAAUGAGGUUGUAACUGAUCUCGCGACCUUGCUCAAGGCCCCAACGACAGACCAGACCAAGUCUCUGCUUGGCACAGUCAGCGAUCUUCUUGGUGGCCCCGAAGUCUCGCAACUCAUCAAAGGACUGCCGGCGAUUUUGUCUUCAGUCAGCGGACUGUUGACUCCAGCCCUGGUCACCAAUGUCACGGACAUUCUUGCUGGUGCCCAUGAUCUUUUGACUCCGACGUUCGUGUCUCAGACCACGGGGCUGAUUAAUGAUGUUGCACCUGUAUGGUUUCCCUUCUUCCGACCUCGAGGAAAGUGUAGCUGA